GCAUGGGCUGCAGAGACGGAGAGGGAAAUAGGCGUGGGAUGGCAGGGAGGCAAAGGGACAGGGAGGAGUAAAGGCUGCCAUGAAAGGGGGUUAGGGUUGAAUUUUUCUCCUCAAAUCAAGGGUUGGUGUCGGUGAUUGAGAGAUUGAGAGAUUGAGAGAUUGAGAGGGAUGGGAGAGAGACAGAAACACACCCAUUUGGACUUCAUUUCCCCUUUCUCAGACCCUAGCAGCCACAACACCAACUCCCUGAUCUCUGCAAUAGCGUCGCCGUUGGCUCCUGCUUCCGAAAACCAAAACCGCACAAACCUGGAUUAAAGAUGGCUCUCAGAGGUCUUCAAAGCUCGAUGGGUACAUGAAGAGAUUGGAAGAUGAACUCAGAUUUCUUCCCAUUUUCUCCUUCCCCAAAACCCGCCACUGUGCUUCCCUCUCCAACGCAUUCAGAUCGAACGCUCCGAUCACGUUCUCUCCUCGGUCGAUUCACCUCCGGGUUGUGGAGAUCGGAGAGGAGAGACGGCGGCAUGGCGAGUAGAGUAGACCACGAAAACGACUACCUGUUCAAGAUCGUGUUGAUCAUGACUCUGGUGUGGGCAAAUCUAACAUUCUCUCUAGAUUUACCAGGAAUGAGUUCUGCUUGGAGUCCAAAUCCAUCAUCGGAGUCGAGUUCGCCACCCGAACUCUCCAGGGAUGAAUCUCUUCAUUUUGCGCCCUUAGUUCUCAAUUGGAUUCACGGUAAACACCCAGAAAUUUAGAGAGUAAAAACCUUGAAACUUAAAGGUAUGAAAAUUUCAAAUUUUUUAUUUUUAUUUAUUUAUAGUGUUAAUUUCUGAUUAAUAUUAUUCUUCAUAAACCCACUUAGAAUCUUGAUCUGAGUUUUGCUUAAACUCAACUUGGGGUUUUAUAAUUUUCUGGUGCACCUGUGGUUAAAUACAACUGAAUUUGAUUUUAUCCAUAAGUGCAGAUCUUACCCCGUAGUGCUCAAUCCAGAGAAUUGGUACUCAUAAUCAAUAAGAUUCAUACGGGUUAUUGGUAUCAAUUUUGGUUGCAGCAAUGCUAUUCUUGCUGAACACCUGCCAUGUAAGUGAUUCAGAUUGUAGUAAUUUCCGUACAAUUUAACACUUUUGUGUGGAAUUGGUGCAACUUUUGGGGUUUGUGCGAUGUUAUUUCCGACUCAAUAUCAUGGUCUUCAGUAACUCGGCUGGUAAUUUUUGGCAUAAUCCAUUUGAAAAUUUUAAUUGUUUUUGUUGUUGGUUAUGUUUAUUUGUCGAAGUAAUGAUUUUGGUUUCAUGGUCAGGGCUUUAUGAGUAUGAUCAUGAUGCGUCAAAAGCUAGGGAGCUUGAAGUGGCAAUUAGAAUGAAAGUGAUAAUACAUAAUAAGUGUUUGGUUUUUGUUUUUGUUUUUUUUUUGUUUUUUUUUUUUUUUUUUUUAUAAUUUCUGCAGCAAAUUUUUUGAAUUUCUUAUUUUUCAGACACCAAAUUCCAUUUGAAAAGAGUAGGCUGGUUAAGUAGCUUUGAUUUAUUUGUUGGAUGUCAGCAUGUGGGACACUUGAGUUUGAGUACCAUUGUCUGUUCGUCUGUUCCAAUAUGAUAAUGCAAUGUUAAUUUAGGUUAUAAUGAUGAAUCUUUGUGUUUAA